AUGUUCAACUUAGACCGUUUUCGUUAUGAUAAGAAGACGACAAAAGACAACGAAGAGGAUAGUGGGUCCCAAAGUCCCGAGUCUGAGAAGGAGAACAAGCCAGCAAAGAUGAAACCGGUCAAAGCCCAAACAAAGUCCAAUGCCCGAGGAGUGGUUUUUGAGGAAGUCCUUACAAUUGACCUAGAGGAGGAUGAGCUCAUCUCUGAAACAAAAAACAAAACAUUAGCUAGGAAGUUCAAAAACCCCAUAGGAAAAUCAUCAAAAAAUGUGGCAUCAGAUCACACAGAUGACGAGGACUGUGAACUGAAGGAGAAAACUGACAGAUUACUGGAGAUGUUUCCUCAGUUGACAAGAACGCAGGUACUGGAGGUAAUUAAGAACACAAGCACAUUGGAUGGGGCUGCAGCUGAAUGCAUUUUAAGAUUUGGUGAUAAAGAAGCCCCAGACCAAGGCAGGAAGAGAAAGCAGGAUGGAUCCGGCAGUUCUCAGGACAGUGGUGAGGAUCAACCCAGCAAGAAGAACAGGCCAUUAGAGGUUUCUGAUGAAGAAGAUGAGGGAGACAAAAGUCCAAGCCGAGAGAAGAAGGACGCCAUGGUCAGAAAACUGCAGAAAAAGUUUCCUGACCAGGACAAGGAGGAGCUGCGUAUGGUUCUGCAGGAACACGACUGGAAUGUAGAGGAUGCUCUGCAGGUUCUACAGAUGUUCUCAGACCCUGAUGAAUCCAGUUUCAGCUCUCUUGACUCGAAUGAAAACAAAUCCAGGAAAUCCAAGAGCAAGCAAACGUCGAGCAAGGACCACAGGAAGUCGAGGUUACACAAAGAUCACAGAGACAGUAAAAGUAGAAAAGAUCGAAAAGACUCCGAAGACGACAUAUCAAGUGAAUCAGAGGAGAACAAUAAAGGUGAUCAAGAUGGUGAUACAGAAGUUACACAGGACAGUGAGGAUCCAGAUUCCGACAGCAGUGUAGAUUUGAGAAACAAAAGAAGCACUUCAACACUUGUAAAAAGUCCUGACUUGGUUUCUUCAUCAUCCUCUGUCAAGAAAUUCACUACCUCUGCAUUCCUGAUGCCAUCCUCCUCCACCUCUACUGCUCAGAUGCUUUCCAGAUUUGCCAGUGGGACCAGUAUAGCUAAGAAGCAGGCAGCAGAGAGAAAGAAGAAGGUUCUUGCCUCAGAUGAACAUGUCAGUUCUGAGGGUGAAAAUGACGAUGAAGAGGAAACGGUAAGCAGUGAGUUUGAGGACUCGGAUGAUGAGCUGGAUUGUAAAGGUGGCAUGACGGAUCUGAAGAAAGAGAUGCUCCAGUUCUUCCAGGACGCAACGAUCGAUGAGCUGUCGCUAAUCUCUGGGUGCUCUGUUAAAAAGGCCAAGAAGAUUUUUGAACGGAGGCCCUUUGAGGGCUGGCAAAGUCUGGUUGAUUUCUUCACUAAGGACAAGGGACUAUCGGAGAACUUACUGAUGGGCUGCAGAGUUGUCUUAAAAGAGCGGAAGGUUGUCCUGGGGCUGAUGUCCAAAUGUCAAACCAUUUCCUCAAAAAUGGUCAAACAGGUCACUGCGGUAAUGGAGAGGGGCACAGCGGCCCUGAAACAGCCCAAACUCCUCAACAGAAAUAACCAGCUCAAACCCUAUCAGCUGAUUGGUCUAAAGUGGAUGCUGCUUAUGUAUGAGCACAAACUGAGUGGGAUCCUCGCUGAUGAAAUGGGUUUGGGGAAAACUAUCCAGGCUAUAGCAUUUCUGGCCGAGCUGUACCAGAUGGGAAUAGAGGGUCCUCACCUCAUCGUUGUGCCAGCUUCCACCCUGGAUAACUGGGUCAGAGAGAUGAAGCUGUGGUGUCCACGCCUCAAAGUUGUAGUCUAUUGUGGAUCCUUAGAGGACCGCCGCUACCUCAGACACGUACUCCUCGAUGACAAGACUGAAUACAACGUCAUUGUGACCACAUAUAACAUGGCCAUAGGAAACGAUAACGACCGCGGUGUGUUCCGUAAACUGCGUCUGAAGUAUGCAUUGUUUGAUGAAGGUCACAUGCUGAAGAACAUGAACUCUCUACGAUACCGCCACCUUAUGUCUAUUAAUGCAGAACAUCGCCUGCUGCUGACUGGAACUCCUCUCCAGAACAACCUCUUGGAGCUCAUGUCUCUUCUGAACUUCAUCAUGCCUUCUUUGUUCUCCAGCUCCACUCACCAGCUCUCCAAAAUGUUUUCAAUGAAAUCCCAGGAGGAGCAGAGCCGCUUUGAAAGGGACCGUAUUUCUCAGGCUAAACUCAUCAUGAAACCUUUUAUCCUCCGAAGAGUCAAGAGCGAGGUCCUCAAGCAGCUGCCAGCCAAGGUGGAGAAGGUCGAGUCCUGCCCGAUGAGUGAGAAGCAGCAGGUUCUCUACCAGAACAUGUUCAAAAAACUCAAGACUACCAUUAUAGGAGAGAAGCGCGAGUUGUGUAAUGUGAUGAUGCAAUUGAGGAAAAUGGCCAACCACCCUCUGCUUCAUCGACAAUACUACACCACAGAAAAGCUCAAAGCAAUGAGCAAACUCAUGCUCAAGGAGCCAACUCACUUCGAUGCAAACGCUGUUCUGAUCCAGGAGGACAUGGAAGCGAUGUCAGACUUUGAGCUACAUCUGCUGUGCAAGCAGUUCUCCUCCAUCGGCUCUUACCAGCUUGAAACUGAACUCCUGCUUGACUCAGGGAAAUUUCACCACCUCACAGAGCUGCUGGCCUCACAUAAAAACAAGGGUGACCGAGUGGUAUUAUUCAGUCAGUUCACCAUGAUGCUGGAUAUUGUCGAGGUGCUGAUGCGACAUCUUAAGCAUCGUUAUAUCAGACUGGAUGGAUCUACACCCAUAGCCGACAGGAUUGGGUUGAUUGAUGAGUACAACACGGAUCCUGACAUAUUUGUGUUCCUGUUGUCAACACGUGCUGGUGGCCUGGGCAUCAACCUCACAUCCGCUAAUAUUGUCAUCCUACAUGACAUUGACUGCAAUCCCUACAAUGACAAACAGGCAGAGGACAGAUGUCACCGUGUAGGCCAGACCAAGACUGUACAGGUGACGAAGCUGAUCAGCAAGGACAGCAUAGAGGCCAUCAUGCUGCAGCUGGGCCAGAGGAAACUGAAGCUGGAACAGGACAUGACCGCUGCUGAAGGUGGUGAGGGGACCAUACCAGAAGAUAUGGCGUCUUUGCUCAAAGCCUCACUGGGACUGUGAUACACAAACGGAUGAACCGUGAGCCUGAACAAAUAGACUUUUUAUGGCAUCCCUGUGAUUCUGGGCAGACUUCAGUGUUUUGACUGAACACAUUUUUUGUAUCGAUACUGGAAAACUACUGAGAACCAUAUGCCCGCCAUUAAAGAGAAAAAAGUUCUGAUAUUAAGAUCUAAUCUACAUGCUUGAGCUGUGCCUAAAAUAUUGUUUUUUUACAUGCACACACAUCAGUUGUUCCUACUUUAAAUACGAGAGCAGUAUAGAGGCACAACUAAACUGCUGCCUUCUUAAUGUUUGCAUAUGUUACACAAGGAUUCUCUGUUAAAACUUGAUAGAAAGGGUUAAGAAUUUCAGAUCAAACCGUUAGUAAUGCAGCAAGUGUUGGAGUACACUGCACUCGAACAAAAUAAUGUUCUAAGUUCCCAGAACACAUGCAGUCUUAUAUCAUUAUACUCACAUCAAGGUGGUGUUGCUGAUUGGGUAAAUUAUACAUACUGGUGCUCUUGGAUGGAGGAAAUGUUGAACUUCUAGUACAGAAGAUGUAGGAUGAAAGAUCUUUUAACAUUUUUCCUACCCGACAGUGUUGCAUUGUGCCUAAUGUAACACUCUUAGUUGCCAGCUUCUAAAAAGAAGAGUUGUUUACAUCAAAUUUGUUUUGCUUAUUUGGUCCACUGCAGCAGAUUAGAAAACUAUACAUAAAUUGUUCCCAUUUACAUUAAUUUGCUGUGUUACCAUAUUCAAGAUGGCAGUUUUUCAUCAGAAAGUCAACCAAGAAUCUGAUUAAUUGAAUUCUCUGUUAUAUGUCCAGUUUUCACCUUUCUUGGCAAAGACCGAAUUACAUUUGUAUACAGAUGUAACAUGGUUGUGUGGUUGUAGUCGGUGCAAUUAUUCCAGGUUUUUUUAGUUUAAAACUAGAAAAAUGUGAAAUAGAAUGUUUUACAUAUGAACGGUGCAUUAAUUGGUUUCUCUGCUGUUUCUACUCCUUUUUAAAUAUCUUGAGCUCAGUGAAGGAGGAAAGGAUUUGAACAAACAGCUGCUGCAUCCAUGUACUGUAUUCAAAGUGGCUAAUGUAUUGUGAGUGUAAAAGCUUUAAUAAGUAAUUUGUAUGUUUCUAAGGUCUCUGUUUAAAAGUGAUUAAUAAAAAAAUUGAAUAAAUGG